AUGGCUGGCAACAUCCAUGAUGACGAGUACGUCGCGAAUCUCUUGGAUCAGGACGCAAAGAGCGCAAAGAAGAAGUACGAGCUUGUCGGCAUCGAUGCCUUCAAUCCCAAGAGGUCGAAGUCUGGGGCACCGAAGCCUAAUACCAACUUCCUAAGACACAUCAUUCGCCAAACGGACAGCCACAACUCUGCGCUGCUGGCGAAGGAAGCCGAGGAGUCACAUGCACGACUCAAGCGAAUGAAUGCGCAACAUGAACGGGAGAGGAAUACAGACAAGGGUGUGCAGAGGAGCAGGUUUUAUGACAAGGAUGAAAAUGCGCAUAGCCAAAAGCUGCGAAAGAGGCAGCGGGACGGGUCAUUGGAAUCACGCUCUACAAGCCACAGACAUAGUAGUAGGCACAGAAGGCGGGAGACGAGGAGACACGAGGACAGCGAGGAAGACCAGGCCGCCCGAAGAUCGAGACGUUCAAGACACGACCACGAGCAAAGGAGAUACAGCAGUGAGGAAGCGGACGAUAGGUCGCGCAGAAAGGCUACAGAUCGCAGGCAUAAAAGACGUAGGUCCACGUCAAGAUCGCGUUCACGGUCACCUCGCUCAGACAAGCACCGGAGGAAAGACCGGCACAGACAUCGGUCACGUUCUCCCACGCCUAAAUCGAGGCACAGCGGUCAUAUUUCAUCGAAGCCUGCGGUAGGUUCUCGAAAAUCUAAACGCUCUGCAAGUCCUGCAUCCGAUUCGGAUCCUCUCGAAGCUAUCGUCGGACCGCUUCCACCGCCUGCACAACCGGUGAUUCGCUCGCGUGGCCGAGGCGCCCAUAAAGCCAAUGGCAUGGACAUCGACUCGCACUUCUCUACCACAUACGAUCCAUCUGUGGACGUGCGUCAGGCAUCUGACGCCGAAGACGACUGGGGCAACGCUGUGGAAUCGUUUCGGGACCGCCAGCGAUGGAAACAACAAGGAGCAGAUAGACUAAAAGCAGCUGGCUUUACAGAUGACCAAGUGAAGAAGUGGGGGAAGGGUGACGAGAAGAGCGAGGAAGAUGUAGUCUGGACUAGAAAGGGGCAAGCAAGAGAGUGGGACAGAGGGAAGGUUGUGGAUGAAGAUGGAGACGUCGAGUUGAAAGCGGAUUGGGGACGGUUGAAGUAA